UUUGGCUGUGGUGACUUUUCCUUCAAAUCCUUUCGCGGGGGUAGAGCGUCUGCUUGUACAGUGAAUUCAGGGCCAUUUCUCCUGGGUUAGGGUGAGGGGUAAAACAGUAAUGUGGACCCGUUGGGGCUUUAAUUUUCCUAUUACCUGGACCGUGUCCCUUUGGGGUGUUUUAGUGUUUGAGGAAUUCUAAAUUGGAGCUGGAGGUACUCACCUCACGAGGGUGUUUUACUUCAUGGGAAAUUUAACCUAACAUGUUGGAUUUCAACUCGGGAGGUCGCAAACCUAAGAGAAAAGACGUACCCAGAGGAGAAACGGCCUGGCCAGAGGCGGACGGUCGGGAACCUCAAAACACUUGUUUAUGAAGUCUCCGCUUGAACGCGCUGGGUGCAUCACGAAGAUCCCUUGAGGCAUAGUAGCAUCUACCCUUUAGGGAGCUCUUGCUGUGUUAAUGCCCUCCACCAAAGACCGCCGCGAACGCCCCUAUAGUUGAACAAACAUGGUACCAGGCAUGACCUCCUUAAACCGGCUACCUGCAAGACUUUCUUCAGAGAUUUCCCCAAAGACACAGAAGCCAAGUUAUGAAGUGCACAAAAAUUAGUGAGAAAUCCAGAAACAGACUACUGGAAUCUUUACUCUGGGCCAUUCUUGAUGCUCAGCCCCACCCCAGAUCUCCAGCUGCCCAAUAGAAUUUGAAGCUCAGAGAGGUGAAGUCACCCAGGAUCACACAAUGAAUGACGGAGAUGGAAUUCGAGUCCAGGUUCAUGAAUCAUCUCUUUGUUCAGUCCACAAAGGAGGAUAGGAUCCUUUUUGCCCACCCUGGUUCCUGCAAGCUAUGUGAGAGCUCCUCCAGGAACAGGCGAAUAGCUGUUUGCCACAGGCCUCCUCAGAUGGAUGUCACCCGCCUGCUCCUGGCCACCCUGCUGGUCUGCCUGUGCUUCCUCACUGCUUAUAGCCACCUGGCCCCUGAAGAGAAGCCCAACAAUGACAGAAGCCUGAGGAGCAACUCCUCCAUGAACCUGUUGGAUUCCCCUUCUGUCUCUGUCAUGGGGCUAAACAAAAAGUCCAAAAAGAUCAGCAGAAAAGAGGCAGAAAAGAAGAGAGCUUCCAAGCAGAGAAAGGCUUCGAUUAAGAAGGUGACGCGGAUCCGGCCCCCGCCGCCCGAUCCCUGCGUAGCCACCCGCGACAGCUGCAAACAGCCGGCGCCCCCCUGCUGUGACCCGUGCGCCUCCUGCAUGUGCCGCUUCUUCCGCAGCUCCUGUUCCUGCCGAGUGCUCACUCCCAACUGCUGAGCGCCGCUCCCGGCUCCAGCCGGGCGGGGCUUCCAGGACCAGAAAGAUCCUUUUCCCUUUGAGGAGUCCGUUUUACAUCGAAAGUACGGCAGGCUGCGCGCGCACCAUUUCCGUGGUCUGGGGGGAAACCCGAUCAUCCGGGCCCUAAAACUAUACUCCUCUUAAGCGUUUCUCCAGGUCAGCUGGAGACAGUGCUGCCCCCUACCUUUAAACCUGAGAACACCCGAAGAUGCCUCCACAUCCAGGGAAUGCAGACCACCAGACAGAAAGGAAACAUUCAGGAACUACCAUUCAGUCUUUCCCCUUCUAAGGAGCUCCCCCUAGCCCCCGCCCCCGAGAAAAACAAGGAAGGUACAACUCCAUAUACAAUCUCACUGGUUUGUCUGUCCUGGGGGGAUCUGCUGACAAACCUGGGAUGGCUGCUUGUGACUGGGCGAUGCCAUGGGUCCCUACAACCAGAAGGCUAUGCCUUAGGAGACUUCCAAACAAAGGUGCCACUUGUGCCCACUCCUCCCUUUUUUCCAGGGAUUUCCAGAGGUGCAGGGGACUGGGAGGAGUUUCUCCCACUGACAAGCUAAAUAAAUACUGACCAUUGGUCCCCAGACAUUAACCCUGACAACCUUUAGUUGGGGCUCCAAGUAAAAAGCAGGGGUUCAGGACUCCUUCCUCACUCACACAUCAGUGUCAGCCAGGAAGCAGGCAGUGAGCUUGGUGAUUUGAAAAUAAAAGGAAACCACUAAAAUGGGAGUCCAGAGGCCAGAAAGGGAAGCUCUAACACUCCAUGGCAACUACAGGAAGAGUUGUCAAUUACAGGCCCCAACAGGAAAAGAUGUUCAUUGCAUCUCCUACAAGAAAUCAACUACCCUAGCAACUCUGCCAAUGAGACUGUCACCUCCCUGAAAUCACUUUUCUCCAAUGGACCUUUGUUCAAAACCUAUCCCAAAUCCCUUUUUCUCCAUAAAAUACGGCUCCUUUCCUUCAUUCUAUGGCUUUUGUUAUAGUUUGCUUGCCCUGAUUUGCAACACUGCUGUUCCCAAAUAAACUCAUUUUUGCUGAUAAAAUAACUUUAAA